AUGAGCGACUUUGCUGAGAGAGCUGGCUCUGUGGCGAGUUCAACGCCUUGGGGAAGGUGGCAACAAACCAUUGACGAGGUUGAGAUUGUGGUGGAUGUUCCCAAAGGCACGCGUGGCCGCGAUGUUCAGGUGAACUUUGUGACCGUUGCCACGGCGUGCCAUUGUGGAUUGCUUGCGCUGGUCGACAUGAAACCAGCCUCGAUCGGCGUGGCCGUGAACAAGAACCCAGUCAUGCAGGGCGAGCUGCUGCACAGCGUCAUCGUGGACGAGAGCACAUGGACCAUUGAGAACGACGGAGCAGAGCUGCAUAUCCUCCUGAUCAAGAGUCACAGAGACGCAUCAGGUGCAUGGUCCUCGCUUCUCAAGGACCAGUAUGAGCUGGAUCCACUUGUAUUCGACCAGGUCCAGAAGCAGCUCACCCUCGAGCGCUUUCAACGAGAGAAUCCCGGCUUUGACUUCACCGACGCCGAAGUCACCGGCAACUACCAGGUGUCUUGA